UGCCAACAUAUUCUUCCUGCUUCAAUCAACACCUCAUCUUCUUCUUGCUUCGAUCAACACCUUGUCAACCACCACCAUUGGUCACGUUAAUCUCCGAACCCGUCUUGAUCCCCGAAUUUUUACAAACGCUUCCUCGAUUCCCACUUCCGUACCUGAAAAAAUCUCCGAUUCUUUGAUCCAAACGGAACAAGGAUCGGAUCGGGGGUGGUCAGUUCGAGUGUGGCGGGGUCGGAAGAAUGCACAUCCCUAGACACUGCUGUCUAUGUAAUAAAAACUCCCAAAAAAUAAACGGUAAAGAAAUGAUUGGGACGGAGGGAGCAAGAAGAAAGAUACGAUUUUAGAAUUUGUACGGUGCUCCGGAUCUUUGUGGCCCCGACGCCCCACCCUGUGUGGCGAUCUAUUUUCGCAGAAGUCAACAUGUAUGAAUGCGGAAAGUUACGCGUACUAUUCCAUGCAAGUAAUUGUGUAGCAAGUAGCUUCAAAAUACCAAGUGAUUAUUCUUGGCAAGAAAAAUACUACAAGAAAGUCCUUAAAGUCUAAUACUAACAUGUAUAAAUGUACAUGCAUGUACGUAGCUGCUAAUGACUCAAGUCAAGCAGAUAGCAAUACAUGAAUUCCACACAGAGAGAUGCCACAAGUCGUCUGAUCUAUAAAGCAGCCAUACAAGACGACUGGGAUUCAGUAAGCCAUAUUUUCGAAACCGAAACCGAAAAUUGGAGACUAAAUGCCGAAAUUUCAUUAUACGGAGAGACUCCGCUGUACAUAGCGGUGGGAACGAAUCGUUCCCACCGCUUUGUGGAACAGCUUGUGAAGCAGAUUAUGAGCGGAGAGAAUGGCGUAGAGAUGCUACGUACUUGUAUAAAAGUUGGCAGACCGUACAAUGCUCUUCACUUGGCAGGUAAGAGGGGAAACUUAAGGGAUGCAAAGGUGUUGGUAGAGUUCGACCAGGAGUUACCGCAAAGUGCAGUUGUUGCUGACGAUGGGGGGACUACUCCACUGGAAUUGGCUGCUUGGAAAGGGCAUCAAGAGACGGUACGGUAUCUAAUGAUGGUGACAAAAGAUGUGGUUGGAGUGACGGGGACUAGUCCGUUCAGGGGAACUCCAGGGGCUAAUAUCCUUACUCAGACCAUUGCCACAGGUCUUUAUGAUGUGGCUUUGAAUUUAGUAAAGAAUUACCCGGACCUGGUGGCGGAAGAAAAUUAUACUGGUUGGGAGACAGGUUUUAGUAGAUUAGCAGCAAAGGGGAAUGCGUUUCCUAGAGGAUAUCAACUUUCAUUUUGGCAACGCAUCAUUUAUUCACGAAUAGACGAUAAAGAGUGCCUAGUUGCUGAUAUUGAAAAUGAAGGAAGAGGGCUAACAAAUAAUCUUCUCCAAAGAUAUUUUUACAUAGGGAGUGUUUCAUGCUGGAGUAUUGUCUCCCUCUACUUAGGUAUGAAAUCUACUCUAAUUAGCUACGUUCAAUCUGUUUAAGUGGUUAAAUAC